GUCUAUGUCCAACAAACCAAUGUCUGGCGGAUGGAUAUUGGAUAGAAUUUAUGAGGAAGUUUAUAUUGAAUCGAAUACCAUUUAGUUAACACUGCGAACAUAUACAUGACUUACAAAAUGUCGAGCAAUGUUAAUAAUAAAUUGAGUCCCAAAAUCAUUUCAGUUUUCAUAGUUUUGAUUUGCCACAGUUUUUAUAACCCAACUGAUAGUGGGGCUGUUCAGAUUACUCAAAGCAAUUUAGAUAUGGUACUAGCAUCUAAUGAAGUUGUUUUUAUAAACUUUUACGCGGAAUGGUGUAAGUUUAGCAACAUGCUAAUGCCGAUUUUCGAUGAUGCGGCUGAUGCGGUGACCAAAGAAGGUUAUGAUACAGGCAAAGUUGUUAUGGGAAAGGUAGACUGCGAUAGAGAAGGCCCUGUAGCAACAAGAUUUCACAUUACAAAGUAUCCUACACUAAAACUCUUUCGCAAUGGUCUUCCAUCCAAGAAGGAAUACAGAGGUCAACGCUCAGUUGAAGCAUUUACGGAGUUUAUUAAGAAACAGCUAACGGAUCCCAUUAUUACUUUUGGCUCUUUGAAAGAGCUUCAUGAUUUGAGUGAAGAAAAGAGGCAUAUAAUUGCAUACAUGGACAGAAGGGACCAGCCUGAAUAUGAUGUGAUCCGUAGGGUUGCUGCUAAUCUUAAAGAUGAGUGUGUCUUCCAUGCUGGUUUUGGUGAUGCUUCACAGCAAAUGCAUCCACCAGGUCAACCAAUUGUUGUAUUUAGAGCUGAUCGUAAAACUUCAACUGAACCUGAUGAGACUUACCAUGGUUCGUUGACCAGUUUUGAUGACUUAUACAAUUGGGUGCAAGAAAAGUGCAUACCAUUAGUCCGUGAAAUCACAUUUGAGAAUGCUGAGGAGCUUACAGAAGAUGGAUUGCCAUUCCUAAUACUGUUCCACCAUCCCAGUGAUGCGGAAAGUGUGAAGAAAUAUAAGGAAAUCAUCAGUAGAGAGUUAAUGUCUGAAAAACAAAAUGUAAACUUCCUCACCGCUGAUGGUGUAAGGUUUGAGCAUCCAUUACACCACUUGGGUAAAUCUGUGUCGGACCUGCCACUGAUAGCUAUCGACUCCUUCCGCCACAUGUACUUGUUCCCUAACUACAGUGAUAUGGAGAAGCCCGGCAAACUGAAGCAAUUCCUCCAGGAUCUCUACUCUGGAAAACUUCACAGAGAGUUCCACUAUGGUCCGGAGACUCCUGAAGUGGUGAGCACAGAUAUGAAAGUGACCACUCCACCAGAAUCCACCUUUAAGAAAUUAGCUCCGUCCAAAAACAGAUACACAUUGCUCAGAGACGAGUUAUAAGGCUGUAUCAGUCUAGGUUUUGAAAUUUAGAAUAAGUCAAAGCCAACUAAAGGAGCGCUUUAGUAAAAAUAUCUCAUCUC